AUGUUCACUCAUUUCUUUGUUCCAGAAUUUCGAAUUUUCUUUUUUUCAUUCAUUCAUAUCUAUUUGACUCAUUCCCAUUCAUUUCUUUCUUUCUGUGUUCUCCUCUCCUCCAUUCUUUCUUAUUUUAAAUUUUUUUCUAUUCGUUUCCAUUUUCUCCUUUAUUUUUCUUCUUAUUUCUCUCUCCUUUUCCUCUUAUACUUGGUUAGUUCUUCUUUUCUCCACUUCUUUCUUUUAUUCUCUCGUUCGGCCUUCCUACAUAUUUUAAUGUUUCUUCUAAUUUCUCUACUCUUGUCACUUUACAUUUCUCUUUUCUUCAUUCUUAUCUUUUCUGUUUUUCCUUCCUUUUUCAAAGUCCUGUUCUUUCUCGCCAUUUCAUUUGUUUCUCUCUUUUCACCUUUCUUUCUUCUCCUGCAAUUCAGUCCGCUUUACAUGUCUCGUAAUCUCGAUAUAUAUCUAUCUAUCUAUCUAUCUAUCUAUCUAUCUAUCUAUCUAUCUAUCUAA